AUGUCUUCAAUUUGGAGAAUCUUGCUGACGGUCGGCUCGUACCUGGUCAUGCACGUUGCCGGCAACAUCCUUGAUCCGAAAAGCUAUGAUCCCGAAGACGUUAUUGUCACCGACGUUGCCAUCAUUGGUGGCGGCGCAGCGGGCACUUAUGCUGCCAUUAAUCUGCGGGAAAUGGGCCAAAAGGUCGUGCUGGUGGAGAAGAAAAAGCACUUGGGAGGCCACACAAACACGUAUACCGAUCAUACCAACAACGUGACGGUAGAUUACGGCGUGCAGGCGUAUAUGAACAACACCGCUACCCUUUGCUUUUUUGCACACUUUGGUGUCCCCUUAGUCAAUUAUGGGUUGUUCAACAUCACCUUCGAGGCGACAGAUUUCAACACAGGUCAGCCUGUUCAGUUCGCUCCAAGUCGUGACUUUAGUGCAUGGGCCGCUCAACUUGCCAAAUAUCCUUGGUUGAACUCGACCUGGAAUGUUCCUCUUCCUGUUGAUCCAGACCUUUUACUGCCGUUCGGAGAUUUUCUCGCAAAAUACAACAUGACCAGCAGUGCAUUUACCCUGUACUUCAGUGCCAAUGGGCUGUCCAACCCUCUUCAACAACCCACGGUCAACGUGAUGAAGAUGGUGAAUCAAGCAUUCCUAUAUCAGAUGUCAGGGGGCGCAGUCGUGACUGCACGCCACAGUAACAAGGAGAUAUACAGGAAGGCUGCCGUCGAAUUGGGCUCAAGCGCCCUCACCAAAUCGAAAAUCACAGCGGUCUCAAGGCCGCAAAGUGGACCGGUGUCCUUGGCAGUCAAGUCGCGCAUCGGGUCGAAACUGAUUCAGGCAUCUAAACUACUAAUUACGAUUCCCCCAACUCUGCAUAAUCUACAGUCGCUCGACCUGAACAUGGAAGAACUCGAGCUUUUCACGCAGUGGAAGAUUUUCGGAUACUUUACCUUGCUACUCAACAACACCGGCCUUCCUUCUGGAGUCCAGUAUAUCAACGUCGACAAUUCGCCGACUGUAUACCACAUCCCAGAGCAUCCUAGUGCGUCGCAAAUUACCAGCACACGUAUCCCGGGCGCCGUAUACGUCUAUUUCCGCAGUCCAUAUGAUAUGAAACGGAAGGGAGUCGAGAAAGCUGCCAUCAAGGCCAUUCAGAACAUCCAGCGGGCACGCAACCUGACACAAACAACACCGACUGUUCUCAAGUACAAAUCCCAUACGCCUUUCAAACUAAGCGUUUCCGCCGAUUGUAUUGCCAGUGGGUUUUAUAGUAAUCUCUACGCCUUACAGGGAAAACGCAAUACAUGGUAUUCGGGAGCGGCUUUCAUCGAUCACAACAGUGGUCUCAUCUGGGAAUUCACUCAGAGUCUGUUACCACAACUUGUCUCUCAUUAA